UGUAUUUUUAGAUGCCCCAUACCCCGCAUACACCACAUACACCUGGCGGUGCCAGUCAUCCCAUGACACCAGGCGGUCCACCUUCGGUUAGUUCGGCACACAACGAGCCCAUGAAUGCUACACCGAAUAAUAAUAAUACCAGUAAUCACAAUUCACCCCAAACACCAGGCACUCCUAACAAUCGCAUGUCUACUGGUAACAGUACACAACAACAAGAUGGUCAGCAGCAACAACAACAACAACAAACACAACAACAGUCACAACAAGAACAAAUUAUAAACUCAUUAAUAAAUUCACAAUCAUCCGAUUUAGUGAAUCUCAAUGAGGGCGAUUUGAAUGCCGAACUAAAUAGUUUUGAUCCAUCAAAUAUGAAUCAUGCAGAUGCCGCCAAUGAUUUGAAUCUGCUCUCGGAUGUUGAUCCUUUGGAAAUUUUGUCUUAUUUAGAUCCUCAACCGGAUUUAAAUACCCCACCCUCUAGCGGCUCUAGUAAUAACAAUAACAAUGAAGAUAUUUUGGCCUCUUUAUUUGAUUAAAAAUAAUUAAAUUAAAUUAA